GUUCAGCUGGCUAAAAAAAAGUUAGAGGGUUGACAGUCUCCCCAUUGAGCAUACAAACAAUUGCACACAGAUUUACCAUUCAGUAUUGCAGUCUGUCCACUACUACUAAUUAAGACCUCUGGGGAAAACGCUGGCAUGAAAACCCUCAUAUUUCUUGGCGUUUGGGUGCUGGGAGCAUCUCUGGUGUUGCCAGACCCCGACACGGCAGGACAGAAGGAGGCCGAAGACCCCGUCCGCUGCUCUAAGGGCUGCACCUGUCUGUACGAUGACUACAGCUUGGAGCUCAGCGUGUACUGCAGCGCUCGUAACCUCACGCACAUACCAGGUGACAUGCCCUCGUCCACUCACUCUCUCUGGCUGGACAUGAACUUGUUUACUUCCCUGCCGGCAGCAUCAUUUCGAGGCCUGAUCAAUCUGGAUUUUUUGAAUCUACAAAGCGGACAGUUGAUUACCCUUGACCCUCAGGCUUUCAAAGGCCUCAGGUCAUUGGCACAUGUUCAUCUGGAGAGAAAUCGCCUGCGGGCGUUACCAGGUACAAUCUUCCAAAACACACCUAACCUGGCUUCUCUUAGUCUCCAUAACAACCAGAUCAGUCGCAUCGAUGAAAGACUUUUCGCUGGACUGUCGCACAUGUGGCUCCUUAACCUUGGGUGGAACUCACUAACGGUCCUGCCAGAGACGGUUUUCCAUGAUCUGCACAGUCUGAGGGAGCUCAUUCUUGCAGGAAACAGACUUGCGUAUCUGCAGCCGCAACUCUUCCAAAACCUCGUUGAACUAAAAGAGCUGGAUCUGACCGGGAACCACGUCAAGGUCAUAAAGGCCAAUGUGUUUGUCAAACUCACUAAACUGCAAAAGCUUUACUUGGCCCGCAAUCAGAUUGUGACCAUAGUACCGAGAGCGUUUGUGGGCAUGAAGUCGCUCAGAUGGCUGGAUCUGACCAACAACAAGCUGACUUCUCUGCAUGAAGACACCUUCUUGGGGCUGCACAGUCUUCACGUGCUGCGACUUUCCAACAACUCCGUCACUGGCAUCCGGCCCAGGACAUUCAGAGAUCUGCAGUAUUUGGAGGAACUGCAGCUCAGUCACAACAAGAUUCGAGUUCUAGGGGAGAGAAUUUUUGAUGGGCUUGGCCAUCUGGAAGUCCUGGAGCUGCAGCACAAUCAGGUGCAGGAAGCACAGAUGGGGAGUUUCACAGGCCUGUCCCAUGUGGCUGUCAUCAACCUGUCUGGCAGUUGCUUCAGCAGUCUGCCCGAUCAAAUGUUCAAAGGUCUGUCGAAGCUCCACAGCCUACAUCUGGACAGAGGUUGCCUUACGCGCAUCCCCGCUCAAGCAUUUGUUGGACUCUCUGGUUUACGGAGGCUCUUCCUUCAACACAACAAUAUCUCUGUGGUGGAAUACCGGAGCUUUGCAGAUCUAGUGGGACUGCUAGGACUGGACUUGAGUUUUAACAAGCUGGAGGUUCUUUCCCCGCACACUUUCUCUGGUCUGAAGAAUUUGGAGUAUUUGCUGUUAGUCAACAAUGAUUGUCGACAGUUUUUUCCAAACGGAACAGAGCAACUGCUUCCAAAACUGCGUUACCUCGACCUCAGAGCGAAUCUGCUGACAAGCGUGGUCCCGAACUUCUCAGACAGCAUGGAAAAACUUUUGGUGUCCGGGAAUCGAUGGAAAUGUGACUGCGGCGCUCUCCCCCUGAGGAGCUACAGCGUGGGGAAACCGCUGGUGGUCCCUCGGCAGGUGGAGACCCACGCAGAGGGUGAAGAACCAGACUCCACUAUUACCAUAUAUAACAACAUCACCUGCACGAGCCCGCCACAUCUGGUGGGUCAGGACCUGCGCGACGUGAGCGAUGAACCCUUUCAAAACUGCUGAAUACAUAGAGAGAAGAUGACCGGAUUCCUAAUCUAAAUCAAAAUCUACAUUUUAGUCAGUCUUAUCUCAUACUUUAGCUCGAUUUCAAGUAAAAGCCGAAGCAGAAGCUGAGUUUUGUUCCAAAAUGUUUAGAGUUCUGUUGUGUAAAGCUUUUUUUUGACUCAUUCUGAACAAAAAGAAAAUAUUACUGAAUAAAUGUUAUUAAAUAUUAUCUUAUGUAAGUAAAAAAGUGUGAUGAAUUGUGUUUAUUUGAUGUGCCUAGGUCUGUUGAAGGUAUUUAAUAAAAACUUGAUUAAAAUGUGG